AUGCGCCAGACAGUCAAUCCCACCGACGAUCUGUUUUUGAGCCUCGCCAUGGACGGCCCCGAUGCGGCACAUGGCNNAAAGGUAUGCCCGGCCUCGACUGAACCUCGCGCGAUACACGCUUAUGCAGUCCCAGUGCCCCUGCGCAAGCCAUUGAACGUGCGAGAACGCGCUCCGUCCAACGAGAGUCUCAAUGCGACCAGGCUGGCCGAGUUGCGUGCCCAACACUCACCAAGCCCUGCUCAGACUGAACACAACAACAUCCGUACUCCCUCGCUGCGUGCCUCUAUGCGCAAACCUCGCUAUGCCGUUGGAACAACCACAUCGUCGUCCUUCGAGGCUGCUGCCCGCGAGUGGAAUGCCUCGCCCGAUGUCCUCAAGUUCCCUUCCAAGCGUCCCACUGGCACAAACAUCUCCGACGCUAUACCAAAGCAGCGUCGCAUGUACCGUGUGGGAAAAGCAUAUGAGCCUUUGACCAACUCUCGUAAUCUAUCCAGUCUCUCUGACCGUCUCGCCCAGGGUCUCAUCACACCGACCAUGUCCCCAGCCCCUACUGCUCGGAAAGGAUCCAAUGCCGAGAGUGAAUCGGUAGAUUCUGUCAAUGCCCCUUCUACCGUGUGGGAUGAACUUGACGAUCUCAAAUCACGUAUCCGUAGUCUCGAGAUUGGCGGCAAGCCUUCGCCUUCCAGUGCAAAUGCCACAAAUCAGUCCUUCGAACGACCUCGUACAGCAACCACUGCGCCGACUACUAUAUCUUCCUCGCCAAAGCAUGCUCGAAAACAGAGCAGUGUGCCGGCCGACAUCAAUACUCCUGGUCUGUCUACAGCUAACCUGCAUCCACUUUUACAUAGUGCCCUCGGCAAAGCCAAGAACGUACUCAACCCACAACUCUAUCGUUCUCUAGAGGCAACAGCUUCUGACGCUUUGGCACUCGCUGCUAUGACGGGCAGUGGCGGGCCCCAGGGUACUGCGUUCGCGGCUGCAUCCAUGGUCAACGGUGCUGCCGUCUCCGAUAGGCACAUUAGAAGAAAAGCCGACAGUAUGUGCAGGAAUCUCACUGAUCUUUGUAUUGCACUCUGUGAGGGCAAGUCGGAUCUUUCAAGCCCCACUGUCAAGCCCACUACCACAAGCAAACCUCAAACGCAAGCCGAAACGCCAUCGUCGCGUUAUGCUCGUAGAUCGAGUCUCGGUUUGCAGGAUCUUCAACUCAGGACUGAGGCACCCAGAUCUGUGAGCCGUCUCGAUAGCCGAAGGAGUAGCUUACUUGGCUUGGGUUUGGGCAACACUAUCAGCACUAGUCCGCUGGAAGCCAACGAUCAAUACCUCAGUCAGGAAUUGUCACCUAGUCAUGACCAGACUGACUAUGCCGCUCGCUAUAACCGCCCGGGUACCAGUAUGCAAAGAUAUUCUCAGGUCGAGGACGAUGCCGCGCAAGACAUACCCUCGCGCGCUCCUUCUCGUGCCAUGACGGAGAUGGGCCACAUGAGACAGUCGUCUACGCGCAGAACAGAUUACGGCGGCGGUGUACAACAUUCCCCUAGCUUGCGAGAGACUCUGGCAGCUCGACGUGCGAACGCNAGGGGAAGGCAGUCAAUAUGGGUCAACGUCUUCUCACUCCGAGGCAGCGAGACGCAUCUUGGAGCGUCGCGCUGCGGNUUCAGCUUGAAGAGAGCCAGNUAUGUGCCUAAGAGGCGCAGAAUCGCCAGCCUGACACAGUACUCACCAUUGAGCCCUCGAAUUGGAAGCGAGCCUGUCCGUCAGAGCAGUCUCUCGAGGAGACGCAAUCUUAUCGUGGAAUAA